UCACAGUUGAAAGGUCAAACGCUACGGAAGUUGAAUCCACGUGUAGUUGCCUUUUUUUUUUUGUUGUUGUUUAAGUUUAAAUGUGCUUAAUUAACGGCGUGCAUCACAAUGGGGAAGAAUAAGAAUCGUCAAAACGACUCCAGGGAGGUGGGUGACAAGACCGGACAGCCACCGAGUGCGAAGAAGCAGAAACGGGAUGGGAAAGCCCCAAAAGAACGCAAACAAGUUGACCACCUUGAGCACAUCCCCUUCAAGCUGCAGGAGAUCAUGAAGAGCAAGGAGAGAAUGCAAAGUGGCUCUUUGAAGGCAAAGAAAUUCAAAGAUGGCACGCUCCUUCAUCGAAUGCCAGAGAAGUCCGAAGUCAAGGACAUAAUCGUGCCGCGUUUCAAACGAGGAAAGCGGGAGAGCGAGUCGCAUUUUGUGCGCAGAAUGGAGAUGGAGUCCAACCACAUCUUAUUCCUUACUAACAACCAAGCUGAGAGGAAACCUGAGCUGGACGACGACGGCCAAGAGGAGCUUUCAGCCCAGGGAAAGUCGGAAAAAAAGAAAGAGUACGACAAACUGAGAUUGAAGAAGCGACAGCAGAAAAAGUUGGACAGAGAUGAAGCCCGGAUGGAAAAGGAGAUGUUGCAAGAUCACAUUCCCUUUGGCGAGGUCACAUUGGCACCACCUUCACUGACCAGCAAACCCAAGAAAGCGCCCGCCAGACCUCAGGGCGCCAAGGAGCUCCUCCUCAACUCGCUCCUGGGCCACGCGCCGACGUCCGCGGCCAAGCCCUCCUUGGCCAGGCAGAGGAUCGUGGAGGAGGAGCGGCAGCGGGCCGUGCUGGCCUACCGCCACCUGAAGAAACAGAAACAGCAGCGGCAGGAGGAGGCCAGGACUGUAAAACCAAAGGCCCGCCAGUGACGGCGCGCAAGGGCGAGAACUCUGACUUUUUUCAGGUAAAAGUGACGCGGCUGAUGGUCUGGAAGAAGCCCCCGUUUUUAUCCUGGGAAGAGACAUUCAAAUGCUGUUAUCGUGACAAGAGGACAACCACGUCGUCCUGUCACAUUUUCCAACAGUCAAUUGUUGUUCUCGGUUCUAAUUGUGGCCACGUAUUUAUUUGUUAGAAUACACCGGGAGUCCUCGCUUUCCGACGCUAUUGAGAAACGGCGUUCCCGAUGGCGUACAUUGAAGUAGCUGGCGUAGAAACGCCUCCGCAUAUGAUAAGGUAUUUACGCUGUAAUUACAGUUGCCUUUUUAUCCCUGUGGCUGAGGCUGGACAGUAUCGCUGCGAGGCCACCUGAUGGCAGCGUUUCAGGAAAAACAACCUUCUAGACAGUACCGACACCAUAAAACAGUUUUUACCUUCGCUGAAUGUCAAGAAAACCUCAAUAACGGAGUAAAGUGUGUUUUUCUUGUUUUCCUGA